AUGAUUUUUUCCAAGAUCGCUUCCAUUGCUGGCCUUCUGGCCUCAGCGUCUCUCGUGGCGGGCCACGGCUACGUUUCUGGCAUCGUUGCUGGUGGGAAGUACUACGGAGGGUACCUUGUUAACCAGUACCCCUACAUGAGUAAUCCCCCGGACACAAUUGCCUGGUCCACCACCGCCACCGACCUCGGAUUUGUGGACGGCACCGGCUACCAGUCUCCGGACAUUAUCUGCCACAAGAACGCGAAGAAUGGCAAGUUGACCGCAACCGUUGCAGCUGGUUCAGAGAUCGAAUUCCAGUGGACGACGUGGCCGGAGUCUCACCAUGGACCGCUGAUUACCUACCUUGCUCCGUGCAACGGCGACUGCAGCACCGUGGACAAGACCACCUUGAAGUUCGUCAAGAUCGCCGCUCGAGGCUUGGUCGACGGCUCCAGCMCACCUGGUAAAUGGGCUGACGAUGAAAUGAUCGCCAACAACAACACGGCCACGGUGACCAUUCCUGCCUCCUAUGCCCCCGGUAACUACGUCCUCCGUCACGAGAUCAUCGCCCUUCACUCUGCCGGUAACCUGAACGGGGCUCAGAACUACCCCCAGUGCUUCAACAUCAAGAUCACCGGUAGCGGCAGUGCUCAGGGAUCCGGCACCCCUGGCGAGUCCCUGUACAAGAAUACUGAUCCUGGCAUCAAGUUUAACAUCUACUCGAGUCUGAGCAGCGGAUACCCUAUUCCUGGACCUGCCUUGUUUCAGGCUUAA